CGCCUGCAAGGAGAACUUGAUGGCAAGUCUGAGAAGACGCUGCUCCUCCAGGAAAAGGUCGAGCAACUUCUCGCCGAAGUGGAGGCGGCCAAAGCUGCCUGCAGUCAGGCAGAAGCCAACAUGGAAAGCCUGACGGUGGAGUUGCAGGAGAGCCGGGAAGACAUUUCCAGGCAGGAGAAGCUGAGAUGCCACCAAGAGGAGAAGGAACUCAGCCACAGAGAAGAAAUCCAAGGCCUUCGCUCCCAGUUAGCAGAUAAAAACGAGUCCCUGGGUGGCCUCCAGUUAGAGCUGCAAGAGAAGGAGAACAGGAUCCAAGCGUUGCAGGGACAGUUGGACCGAGCCCAGCAGCUGCAGGCCGAGCUUCAGGCAAAAUCGGCAGAAGAGUCGGCAGAGACCCAAUCCAAAGCCCACCUCCAGAGGAAGCUGCAGGCAGCCCUCAUCUCCAGAAAGGAAGCCCUGAAAGAGGGCAAGGGGCUGAAGGAAGAGUUGUCCAGCACCAAGGCCGCCUUGGAAAGCACCUCUCUCCGUCUUCAAGAAACAGAACUUCGGGCGUCUGAGCUGAACAAGGAGAAGGUGGUCUUGUUGGAGAAACUGGCGACCCUCAAGGAGGAGCGGGACAAACUCAUUUCAGAGGUGGACAACACCUUGGUGGAAAACCAGAACGUGACCAGUUCCUGCGAGAGUCUGAAGUUGGCCCUGGAAGGAGUGACUCGGGAGAAGACGAGGCUGGAGGAGGAAAUGGACUUGGCGAACGAGAGGCAGGCCCAGGAGCUCCGCGAGUGGCAGAGGAAACACGAGGAGCUGCAGAAGGAGUACGAGACGCUCCUGCAGUCGUAUGAGAACGUCAGCGACGAGGCCGAGCGGAUCCAGCGGGUGAUGGAAAGCAUCCGGCAGGAGAAGCAGGACCUCUUCCUCAGACUAAAAGAGGUGGAGGCCGAGAGGAAGGAUGGGGAAGCUCGUCUGCAGGGAGCCGAACAGGAGAUGGAAGGCAUGAGGGAGAAGAUGAGGAAGUUUGCCAAGUCCAAGCAGCAGAAGAUCUUGGAAUUAGAGGAAGAGAACGAGCAGCUGAGGUUGGAAAUCCACCCCGGGGAUGGGACCAAUUCUGCUCUUCGAGAAGAGCUGGAGACCUCCAAGAAGAGUUGCCAGGCUCUUUCCGAAGAGAUGGAAGCGCUGGUCGCCGAAAGGGACCUCUUGAAGCAGGAGGUCCAAGACUUGAGGCGGACGUUGCAAAACAAGGAAGAUCAGAGCAGCAUCCAAGAGGAGAGGUUGGCCAGAAGCAACGUAGUCAAUUCCACCAGGAUGUCUUCUUCAGAGGAGGUGGCUGAGGAAGAAGAUACAAACACGGGUUCUGAGGUUCUCACCGCCGUCACUCCAAGCCUUGAGGACAAGAGGGAAGAUUCUGGCACAGCUGGGCCCUUGUGUGAUGAGAGAAUUGGGGAUAGUCAACAAGUGGCAGAGCUCCAGGAACAAAUGGCGGCACUAGAAAAUGAGAGGAAGGUGGCGGUAGAGGAAAUGAAUAAGGCCCAUAGAGAUUUGGAGGUCCUGAAGGAAGAGAAGAACCACCUGGAGGGCUUACUGGCUCUGCAAGGCCAGGAACUGGAAGCUCUUCAAGAAAAGCUCAUCAGGAUGGAGGAAGGUUGGGGGCAAACCAAGGAACAGCUAGCCGAGGUGUUGACGCUGAAAGAAGCUUUGGAAACGGAGAAGGAUGACCUUGAAGAGAGGCUGAUGAACCAGCUGGCCGAGUUGAAUGGGAGCAUCGGGAACUACCAGCAGGACAUGGCCAACCUGGAGAGCCAGAACCAGCAGCUCCUCGGGGAGAUGGAAAAUCUUCAGGGGGCCCUGAGCCGCCUGGAAGACGAGAAGCGGCAUCUGUUGAGGGAGAAGCUUGAGGGGGAAGCCGAGAAGAAAGAGAACGUGGAGAAAGUCAAGAGUGCCCGGAAGGAAGGAAAUGGCCGGACUCAGACCCGAGAACUUCAGGAGUUGUUGAAAGAGAAACAGCAAGAAGUGAGGCAGCUGCAGAAGGAUUGCAUCAAAAGCCAGGAGAAGAUCAGCGGCUUGGAGAGAACCAUCAAGGCCCUGGAGUUUGUCCAGAGCGAGUCCAAGAAGGAGCUGGAGACCGCCAAGAAGAGCAUGGUGGAGGCAGAGGAGAAGACCAAGAAGGUCCAGGCUGAGUUGGCUUCCUGCAGGGUCUUGCUGGACGAUACUCAGAGCGAAGCUGCCCGAGUCGUGGCGGAGAGCCUGAAGGUGAAAGAGGAGCUUCAGGCCACCCGGGCUCAGGUCAGAGGUCAGCUGAGUCAGAAGGAGAAGGAGCUGGAGAGACACGUGGAACGAGAGAAGGCCAAGCACCUGAAGGAGAUGAGAAACAUGGACGAGAGGUUGGAGGCCCUGCGGAAAAAGCAGGAGUUCGCGGAGGAGUCGGCGCGGGACCUCCAGGUGUCCCUGCGCCAGAAGGACCAAGAAGCCAAACAGCUUCAGGGUGACCUCAACCACACCUUGGCCCAGCUGGCGGCCUUCACCAGGAGCAUGUCCUCCCUGCAGGACGACAGGGACCGGGUGAUCGACGAGUCCAGGCAGUGGGAGAAGAAGUUCAGCGAGGCCAUCGAGAAGAAGGAGCAGGAACUCUCUGCUCGGGAAGAGGCCUGCGCCGCCUUGCAAGACCAGGCCAAGAAGAUGGCUCUCCAGGUGGAAGACCUCCAAGGCCUCGUGGCCAGCUUGGAACGCAGCCAAUCCGCGCAAGAGUCCCGUGCCCAGAUGGAGCUCCAGCACCACCAAGAAGAAGUUGGGUUGCUCCAGGAGGAGAAGCAGAGACUUGGACUCCGGCUGGAAGAGGUCCAGCGGCUGCUGAGCAACUCCCAGAGCCAGGUCCUUCAGCAAGGGGCAGAACUCGGGUCUCUGAGAAAGCAGCUGGCUGAUCUUCGGGCCUCCUUCGAAGACUGCGACCGGGCACGCCUUGAGAUGUCCGAGACGGCGAAGAGGCACGAGGCCAGUCUUCAGGACUGCAGGCUGAGUCUGGAGCAGCUGGAGGCUGAUCUGGGGGCUUCCAAGGAGCUGACGGAUAGACUGCACAACGAGAUGAGCGACAAGGAGCAGAAGAUUGUCGCCCUUGUGGCUGCCAAGGAAGAGGCUGUAGCCGAAGCCCUGUUAGAAGCCCAAGAGCAGCACCAGGAAGACCGGAAGGACUUGGAAAACCAGGUGGCCAAGGUUGAAGCCCAGAAGGUGGCCCUGGAGGCUGAUAAGGCAAAAGCUCAGGAGAAAGUGAAGGGUCUCGUGGAGAAGCUGAGAAAGGUCCACGAAGAGAGCAAGCAGCACAAAGCUCAGCUAGAUGCCUUCACCAAAUCCAUGUCUUCCCUUCAGGAUGACCGGGACAGGGUCCUAGAGGACUAUCGGCAGCUGGAACAACGUCACCUGGCUGCCAUUUUAGAGAAGGAUCAGCUCAUCCAGGAAGCGGCCGCCGAGAACAAUUCCUUGAAGGAGCAACUUCGGAGCCUCCACGGCCAGAUGGACGACUUGCACGCGGAGAAUGCCAAGUUGGACGCCGAAUUGAGACGCUAUCGCGAAGACCUGAAUCAAGUCAUCUCCAUCAAGGACACUCAGCAGAAGCAGCUGCUGAAGACCCAGCUCGACCGGAUCCAGGCCCUGGAGAAGGAGAAGGCGGGCGUGGAAGGCCAGCUGCGGGAGUCUGAGCUUCGUUCGGUGAACCUACAGCGAGCCGUGGAGGCCCUGCAGCUGGAGAAGCAGCAUCUGGGCCAGGAAGGGAAGGCUCUGGAGGGUUCCCUCUCCCAGUUGCAGGACGAGAUGCUGGUCCUGCGGGAAGGGGGCUCCCUGUGGGAGCUCCAGCUGCAGUUGCAAGAGAAGGUGGACGAAAUCCAGAGGUUGGGUGGGCAGCUGUCGCUGGCAAACCAGCAGGUGGCGGGCCUUGAAGAGGAGCUGGCUGGUCUCCGCCAGAAGCUGCAGGACGCGGAAGCCAAGAUGAAGAAGGAGCUCAAGAGCUUCCAUCACGACACUGGACUUCUGCGGAAUGAGACCGAGACUGCUGAAGAACGGGUGGCGGAGCUGGCCAAGGACCUCCUGCGGAUGGAGCAGAGCCUCCUGGGGGUCACGGAAGAGAACCAGGAUUUGAAGGCCCAAAUCCAGUCAUUCAAGAAGGCCAUGAGUUCCCUCCAAGACAGCUGGGACCAGUUGCACGAAGAACGGCGUGCCCUGGAGAAGAAAUGCGCGGCCGACCUGGAAGAGCAGAGGCAGCUGGUCCAAAGCCUCCAGCGGGAGAAGCUCCACGCUCAGGAGGCGUGCGCCACCCUGGAGAAGGAGAGGGACAGCCUGACCGCCCAGCUCGCCGCCCUCCGAGGCUCGGCGGAAGAGAAGGGCUCCUCGGAGACGCUGGAGAAACUCAACCAGCAGCUUCGGUCCAAAGAUUCUCAGCUCGCUCGCUUCUCGUCGGAGCUGGAGGGGGCCUCUGGCCAAGUGAAGGCCUUCUCCCAGGCCAUGGCCAGCCUGCAGGCUGACCGAGACCGUCUGUUGGGCGAGCUGGACAGAAGCCGCAAGGUGGAGGAGGUGAAGCUGCAGUCGGCCGCCAGUGUGUCUCCGAGUCUUGCCGAAACGUCCAACCUCAAGAAGGCACUCUCGUCCCUCCAGAACGACCGAGACCGGCUGCUGGUGGAGCUGAAGAACCUGCAGCAGCGGGUGGAGGUGGACACGGCCGAGAUCUCCCGCUUGAAGGCCCAGCUCCAGCAGAAGCAGCAAGAGGUGGAGCAGCAGGAGGGGGUCUUCCAGGCGAAGGUGGAGCAGCAGAGGGCCUCCGUGGAGCGGGAGCUCCGGCAACUCAGGGAAGAAAAGGCAGGUUGGGAGGAGGGCAGGUGGCAGAGCCCCCCCGGCAGCAGCGCCCAGGGGUCUUCGGGGACGGCCGGCUCUGGCAGAGACACAUCUGGCCAGAUGGUAUCCAUGGAGGACCUCCAGGUCCAGCUUGGGAACAGCUUGAAGCACCUGCAUCAGAAGGAGCUACGCAUCCAGCAGCUGAACAACAAGCUCUCUCAGGUCUUCGAAGAGAAGAACGCGCUCACCCUCCAACUCCGGGGAAGCAGCCGCAGCCUCCGCGAGAGUCACCAGCAGCACAGCGAGGCCCUAUCCCGUUGCGCGGCUCUCGAAAAGCAGCUGCAGGAGUGGCAGGGUCCGGCGAAGGCCACGGUAAGGCCAGGGGAGAGGGUCUGGGGUCUCCUAUCUCCGGGCCCAACCACGUUCCACCCGGGUCAGGAGGGGCAGAGCGGGGAGGCAGCCUCCAGGAUCCAGGUCUCUGCUCCUGCCACCCCUGUGGCUCCCAAGAGAGAGAGAGAGGAGAGAGAGAGAGAGAGAGG